AUGGAGCAGGCGCGCGGGCCGCGGGCUGAGGCCGACGCGCCGGAGGAGGAGGAGGAGGAGGAGAAGGAGGCGGGGGCGGCCAUGGCUGCCGUGGCGGCGGCGGCGGGUGGCACGGGCCCGGCCGUGUUGCAGGUGGCCGGUCUGUACCGGGGGCUGUGCGCCGUGCGCAGCCGCGCCCUAGGCCUGGGGCUCGUGUCCCCCGCGCAGCUGCGCGUGUUCCCGGUGCGCCGCGGCUCUGGCGGGCCCGCGGGGGGCGCCGACGGCAGCGGGGUCGGGGCCGAACUCGAGGCCAACCCCUUCUACGACCGCUACCGGGACAAGAUCCAGCAGCUGCGCAGGUCUGACCCAGCUGUUUUUGAAUCCCGACUGGAAAAGCGCAUUGAGUUUCGGAAGCAGCCAGUGGGGCACUCCAGGCAAGGUGACUUUAUCAAAUGUGUAGAACAGAAGACAGACACCCUGGGGAAACAGCCUGUGAGCAGAGGAUUCACUAAGGACAAGACUCUCAGUUCAAUCUUUAACAUUGAGAUGGUGAAAGACAAAACUGCAGAAGAAAUAAGACAGAUUUGGCAGCAGUAUUUUGCAGCAAAAGAUACAGUCUACACAGUUAUUCCUAAAGAGAAGUUUGACUUGAUCUGGACCCGGGCUCAGUCCUGUCCAACAUUUCUCUGUGCACUACCAAGAAGGGAAGGUUAUGAGUUCUUUGUAGGACAGUGGACAGGUACUGAACUCCACUUCACUGCACUUAUAAAUAUUCAGACCCGGGGGGAUGCUGCAGCCAGCCAGCUGGUUUUAUAUCACUACCCUGAACUUAAAGAAGAAAAGGGCAUAGUGCUGAUGACAGCAGAAAUGGAUCCCACAUUUCUGAAUGUUGCUGAGGCACAGUGCAUUGCCAACCAAGUUCAGCUCUUCUAUGCCACUGACCGGAAGGAGACCUACGGGUUAGUGGAGACCUUUAACUUCAGACCAAAUGAGUUCAAAUAUAUGUCUGUCAUCGCUGAAUUGGAGCAAAGUGGACUUGGAGCAGAACUGAAGUGUGCCCAGAACCAGGAUAAGACUUAGAGCUGUGAGGGUUGGCUUACAGAGUCUGCUUAGCCCAGGGUAGUUUUCUGCAGCCCACCUGCCCCUUGAACUUUUGGGAGCUUAGGAGCUAUAAGGAGCAGUCUCUAAUGGGUUGUCCUGCGUGCUUAUUGCAAGAAGUAAUCGUGGAGGUGAGCCCUAUUACUUGAUAUUCAGGAACAGAGGUACCCAAACAUUCUGAUAAUUAUCUCCUAGCAUACUUAAGCUUUCCUUUUAAAGUGUUUGAGGUCAUAACCAGAGAGAGCUAAGGAUCCACAGGAUGGCGACUUGACUUUACACAGUAUAAUUGUGCUAUGUAUCUCCUUUUGACCACACAGCUCCCGGAUGAUUAGUUCUUCAUAUUUAUAAACUUGUGACAGGAUAGUAAGCUUGAAGACCUGCUGUAGUUAGAUGUGGGCUUUGCAUACUCUUCCUAUGUGCCCCUUGGCUGGCCAAAGGUAUAACGCAAAUAUCCUGUUUAGACUCUAGAACGACCAGAUAUUGCCAUCAGGAUUCAGACUUCAUCUAGAUGUCCCCAGAGUGCCUCUAGUGUAGCUGGUUUGGAGCGUCAGUAGAUUUCGGGUCUAGUGAAACGCACAAGUACGGUCCCGGCGUACUUUUAAACCACAGUUUGUUACACCUGCUCCUCUAACUCUGCCUGUUAGAAGCUGUGUAUUUGGAGAGGGUGGAUCAGUGCAGUGUAAGUAAAUCCACACUUUCGUAAGGAGAGGAUCCAUCCUGAUUUG